AUGGGCAACCAGAGCUCCAAGGAAGGCGGCGGUCCCUCAAAGGGCGCCGCCGGGGGCAGCGACCUCCAGUCAUACCCGUCCUUCAGCAAAUCAGACACCAAGGAGUCGACCCGGUCGUUCAAGACUCUGCGCUCAAAGAUUCCUGGUAGCGGCAAGACCGACAGUCCUCGCAGCUCCGCCAUAUUGUCCAACGGCGAUGCUGCAGCUGACAAAAGCGACGCCACUUCUGUGAAAUCCGCAAAGAGUUCCAGGUCGCGCGGCAGCCUGAGCCGCCUCAACGAACCCGGGUCACCGUCCUCGCCAUCCGGGAAUGCCGAGUCUCCACUGGAAGAGCCGCAGCCACCACCCUCGCCCAUCCAGUCAGCCUCUAUGAGAGCGGGCCACGGUGAUAUCAGCGCCGCUCAGGCAUCAGGCGAGGUUGACCACGUGUCUGAUCAACCGCCAUCAGCAGCCGCCGGCCAGAACCCCAACCUGCAACAGCAGCCUGGUGCGCCGAUUCUCGUCAGGAAGGAGAACAUGAUCAACCCCGUCACCAAGGCCACGGCGGCACUCAUGUCCAAGGAUGAUGCCUCGGCUGACGGCGUUGCCAUGAAUUCAAUCAAGGAAAUUGAUCUGGACGACUACAUCAAGCGCCUGCUCGACGCGGCCUAUGCUGGCAAGGUCACAAAGAGCGUCUGCCUCAAGAAUGCAGAGAUUACCGCCAUCUGCACACGAGCACGUGAAGUCCUGCUGUCGCAGCCCGCUCUGCUUGAGCUGGAUGCGCCCGUCAAGAUUGUAGGCGAUGUCCACGGGCAGUACACAGACCUUAUCCGCAUGUUCGAGAUGUGCGGCUUUCCUCCGAGCUCAAACUAUCUAUUCCUAGGCGACUAUGUCGACCGCGGCAAGCAGUCUCUCGAGACUAUCCUGCUGCUGCUAUGCUACAAGCUCAAGUACCCCGAGAACUUCUUCCUGCUGCGCGGCAACCACGAAUGCGCCAAUGUCACCAGAGUAUACGGCUUCUACGACGAGUGCAAGCGACGGUGCAAUGUCAAGAUCUGGAAGACUUUUAUCGAUGCGUUCAACACCCUCCCAAUCGCGGCCAUCGUCGCUGGCAAGAUCUUUUGUGUCCACGGCGGACUUUCCCCUGCUCUGGGCCACAUGGACGACAUUCGCAACAUCACCCGCCCAACCGACGUUCCCGACUAUGGUCUGCUGAACGACCUCUUGUGGUCCGACCCAGCCGACAUGGAACAGGACUGGGAAGCAAACGAACGAGGAGUCAGCUACUGCUUCGGCAAAAAGGUCAUUACCGAGUUCCUUGCCACGCACGACUUUGAUCUGGUCUGUCGCGCGCACAUGGUAGUUGAAGACGGAUACGAGUUCUUCAGCGACAGAGUUCUUGUGACAGUUUUUAGCGCACCAAAUUACUGUGGCGAGUUUGACAACUGGGGUGCAGUGAUGUCAGUGUCUUCCGAGUUGCUUUGUAGUUUUGAGCUGCUCAAGCCACUCGACUCGUCUGCUCUCAAGAGCCAUAUUAAGAAGGGCAGAAACAAGCGGAACUCGAUGCUCAACAGUCCUCCCGCGAGUGUGUACCCUCAAAGCGUCUGA